AUGAAACGUAGCGGCGAUGAAGUCACGGAUUUCGCUACGGGUCGUGAUUGCGAAAAGUCGGACGCGUACGCGGUGCUGUUCCGAGGUCCUUCGCAAUUGGCUAGCUUCGAGGUCUGCAACCCUCUCGAUUUCAAAGAGCCCCCCGUGAAGCUGUUGUGGGCGCACAUGAACAUGGCGGGCACCGCGGUCGACCUCUUGUUCGACGUCGACACCGACCGCGGCGAGACCGCUGGGCUCACCCUCGGAGGCGCGUACUCUUGCGAUAAACUCUUCCUUCGCGAAAGCGCGGUCGUGUUAGGCGAAGGGUGCAUAGGCGCGUUCAUCGACAAACGCUUCGUCCGAUUGUAUCUGGUCGUCGGCGAACACAACGUCACCGAGUCGAGCGACGGCGUGUCCGACGGAACGACGCUCAGCCUGCGCGGCGGCGUCGUAUAUCACGACCGCUUCAGAGAACGAGGAAACAGCUCCACCGCCUCUGUCGUGGUGACAAGACGUGCGGGAGAGCCCAUCGCGGUCGUCGCGGAUGUGACUACCUCCAAAGGUUCUUAUGCGUUCCCUCCGUCGUCAGGGAACCAUUCCACGAUCAAAUACACCGGGAGAUUCGCUGGUCGGUACUACUCAGACAGAAAUCCAUACGAUCUUCCAUGGACGUCACCGGUGAUAGUAAACCAACAGAAACUGUUCAACGAGCAAUGCUACCACCCUGAGAAAACUGCGUACGACGACAAAAUCGUGCUCCACGCGGAUCGUUCCACCGGCGCGAUCGGGGAUGUUCCUUUGCGAUUCAAGUGGAGCCUGAAACCCGAAUCUGUGAGAAGAAGUGUCUGGACGGAUCCUAAGUGCAAUCCCGCAACUACUAAUUAUUGUCCGCACGUUUACAUCAAACCGCAGACCGAGCAGGAGAAGGAGUCGGUGAGGAAAUUGGAGGCAUUUGUGUCUUCGCAACCUCGCAAACAUACGCUGCGAAUCCCACGAGAAUUCUUCCUUGCAGAUUGCCCUUGGGCUUGGGAGUACAUUUUCAACGUCGUCGCGUACAACAAAGAAGGUCACGACGUGGAUCGCGGCGCGGUCGACCCUUAUACCGGUCAACUUGUGCACGAUCCUCACGCGGACACCGCAACGGCGACUAUAAAUAUCUUCCCAGGUGGUUCGUGCGAUGAAAGAAGUGUGCCAUCAUCGCCGAAGCUUGUUUUCAGGUAUGGGCCUCACAAUCCUCACAGCAUAGCAAUAGAUUCUCCGCCCGCGAUCUUCACCCCCGCGUCAUUGCGCAAAUCAUUUACUCAGUUGGCACUCGUGCGCGAAUGGACGUACGACCGCCGAUGGAAAUACUCCGACCUCCCCGAGUGCAAUCCCCCAGUGUCGGUGACGUGGGCGGUGAAGCCAGAGUACAACUCCGAAAUGUACGCUACGUUCCCCAAGUCCCGCGUCGCGGGAUGGCCCACCCCUACGGGAUUGCACCCUGAAGUCGUCGCGCAGGAGGCAAAGCUGCAGAAAAUCGUCGCUGCGACGCGGGGGAUGGUGUCCGGCCGCCUAUCACGGACACUUUUCUUCGCCGCCCGGCAGUACCACUUCACUUCAAACUACUCGAUAUUUUUCAACGACACGUGGCACAACGACACGGUGUAUGACGUGCACGGCUUCCCAGGGCGUGUCAUGCGAGCGGGUUAUGCGGGUAUAAAAUCGAUCAUCGUCGGUGGCAUGGGCGGAGACCCCAUGACGGACUACUUCAAGCCAAUCGACGCGAACGGCGGUGAUUUUUCGUACUCACCCGUAACGUUCGACGCGUCUUCGUUGUAUCCUUCGGUCUCGCGUGCGAACACCGGUGCUUUCAUCGUCGAUAAAACCGAGGAGGUGAACGUCACGACCGCGCCUUUGCGAUUCGUCGAUCCGGACUGGCGAACGGACACCCACGCGCUCAGACACGACUGGACGUGCGAGGAUUUACUCGCGGACCGCCCGACGUGCCACCUCCGCGGCAUGACGAAGAAACUCAAGGACAUGUAUGGAAUAUUCGUGGUCGACGACAUACCCAGUGGGAGCCCGCUGACGUUGCCACCAAACACGAUGGGACCGAAUUCGGCGUACACGUUCACGAUGCUGACGUCCAAGACUCACCGCUCGUCGAGAGGGCCUGAUAAGGUUCAGCUCGUGACGGGGAACAACACGUGCCCGAGCGCGAACAUCGAGCCGACGCCGAAGUCGAUCAACCAUCAAUUCUUGUUUCGGAUCUACGGCGACGGAGUAAGCGCUUUAGGCCGCGUGCAGUUCAGGUGGAGCAUCGUGGACACGAGCCCGGCGACCGCGACGACGCUCGCCGUUCCCGUGUACACGCACUGGCAAGACAAGGGGUACAUGUCGAUCGUCAAAAAUACGAUGAACCCCGGCCGCGAGUACACGCUCACGCUGACCACGCGCGUCGCCGGCGUGGAUAACGGAUGCGAAGGACAAUCGGAGAGAAUCCUGGUGACGAACGCGCCGCCUCGGUCCGUGGGCGAAGGCGUCGUCGUCGAACCCGCGAUCGACGGGAUUGAAUUUGAAACUAAAUUCUCCGUCGAUUGCGGCGAAUGGGUCGACGCGGAUAAAACGCUCGAGUAUCGCCUCGCGUACUGGUACGACUACGACGUCUUCGCCCCGCGUUGGAUGUGGCUCACAGAGCUUCAGGAAGGUCACGCUGUUUUCGAAGACGUCUUGCUCCCUCACAAUCGACGCGCUGGUGGACGCACGAAGAUUCGAUGCGUCGCGUUCGACGACGAGGGCGCGUUCGGAACCUCGGUCACCACCGUGAAGGUCGCCGCGCACGCGAACAUCUCCGCGGCGGUCGACGACGUAUUCGUCAUCGGUUCGCACCUCGAGCACCUCCACGUCUUCCCGGCCGCGUUGCGUAGGCUGCAGGAAGUGGAUAAGCUGCGACACGCGGUGGCGGCGCAACGGCGCCGCCGCGCGCUCUUGGGCGAGAACAUCGAACCGUCGUCGCCGUCCCCUCCUAAGAAUGUUUCCUCGACAUCUGCUUUCAACGGCGACAUCUCGAACUGGGACGUGAGCAGCGUCACGGACAUGGCGUACAUGUUCAGCGCUUCCUCUUUCAACGGCGACAUCUCCAAGUGGGACGUGAGCAAGGUCACAAACAUGUACAACAUGUUCCUGUUCGCUUUCGCUUUCAACGGUGACAUCUCCAAGUGGGACACGAGCAAGGUCAUCCAGAUGGGGGGCAUGUUCUACAACGCCAAGGCUUUCAACGGCGACAUCUCCAAGUGGGACGUGAGCAAGGUCACCAACAUGGGGAGCAUGUUCAGCGCUUCCUCUUUCAACGGCGACAUCUCCAAGUGGGACACGAGCAAGGUCACGAACAUGAGGAGCAUGUUCAACGGCGCUUCCUCAUUCAACGGCGACAUCUCCAAGUGGGACGUGAGCAAGGUCACGAACAUGAGGACCAUGUUCAACGGCGCUUCCUCAUUCAACGGCGACAUCUCCAAGUGGGACGUGAGCAAGGUCACGAAGAUGCAGAGAAUGUUCUUCAACGCCAAGGCUUUCAACGGCGACAUCUCCAAGUGGGACACGAGCAAGGUCACGGACACGGCGUACAUGUUUUAUGGCGCUCGGACUUUCAACGGCGACAUCUCGCGCUGGAAUCUCUGCACCGUGAGGUCUAGUGAUAAGAUGUUCCAUAUGACAGCGCUUUCCGAGGAUCACAAGGCGCAUCCAGGAGAGUGUGAACUAUGA